AUGACUUUAGUUCAAGAUGAGGGCAAGCCUGAUAUAUUCCUUACAAUGACGUGUAAUCCUAAGUGGCCUAAGAUAUAUGAUAAUUUACAUGUUGGUCAAACUGCACAAGAUCGUCCAGACAUUGUUUCAAGAGUGUUUCGGGCUAAAUUAGAAGAUCUUAAGGAACAACUUUUCAAGAAACAUAUCCUCGGGGAAGUUAAGGCAUACGUUUAUGUCAUCGAAUUUCAAAACCGUGAUAUUCGAAAGUUAUGGAAUGAUCACUUUGAUUCACUGUCUGAAGAUCAUCGGUUACACUGUCAAAGUAUCGAACGAGUUCAAAAUAUGUUUCUUACCGAAAUUAGUUUCUUUCUACAAUCCAUGAGUAAAAAUAUAAAUGAAUUCGACCUUCCUAAGAUAACAGACGAUGUUAACUUAAAGGAUGUGGGUUAUCGUGAGUUACAAGAGGAGUAUGGGAUUGUUUUGGAAUCUAAACACUUGAGUGCCAAAGAUUCACUUAAUCCAGACCAAAAAAAAAAAAAAAAAAAAACGGUGUUUGAUGAGAUCAUGAUGCAUGUUGAUAAUGAUAAUCCACGCAUCUUCUUUAUUGAUGGUACAUAUGGAAUUGGAAAUACAUUUUUGUACAAUGUCUUGCUUGCUGAAACUCGGUCGUGUGGACUUAUUGCUCUCGCAACAGCUUCAUCAGGUGUUGCGGCUAAUAAUAUGCCAGGAUGUAGAACGGCUCACUCGAGAUUCAAGAUUCCUAUUAAUCUUGAAAAUAAUUCAAUGUGCAAUAUCAAAACACAGAGUGGGGCCGCUAAACUAAUUCGUUCUGCCAAAAUAAUCAUAUGGGAUGAAGCGUCGAUGUCUAAACGACAGGUGAUAGAGGCAGUCGAUCGUACAUUCCAAGACAUUAUAGGCGUUAAUCUCCCAUUUGGUGGGAAGAUAAUGGUUAUGGGAGGUGACUUCAGGCAAGUGUUGCCGGUUAUUAAACGUGGCACUCGAGCACAGAUUGUAGACUCCAACCUACAAAUGUCACCUCUUUGGUCUUUGACUAAAAUGAUGCGGUUGACCAUAAAUAUGAGUGCGCUCAAAGAUCGAUGGUUCUUUGAAUUUCUUUUAAGAGUCGGCGAUGGAACUGAAGAACCAAUCGAAGGAAACUAUAUCCACAUACCCGAUGACAUGACAAUUCAGUGCAACACUAGAGCAAACUCUAUAAAAGAAUUGAUCAAUGCCAUCUUUCCAUCAAUUGAAGAUAAUGUAUAUUCUUCAGAUUAUAUAAUCUCUAGGGCAAUAUUGUCCACUAAAAAUGAGAGUGUUGACGAGAUUAAUAAUCAAAUUAUUGAUAUUUUUCAAUUGGAGUAA